GGAAACUUCAUCAAUAAAAAUGGCGAAGGAGGAUGCAAACCAAGUCCAGGGGGGCGAAGCAUCUCGUCAACUUGAUGACGUGAAAGCGUCGAAGGAAUCUAAUCUUUUGAUUGGACCAUCCGCACGCGAUCGAUUCUGCGAUUGGUUAUUCACUCUCAACCAUGUCGCCAUAUCCACCUCGCCAGGUUAUAAAAGCCAGACUCGAAAUGAGACAGAGGACAACAGAGAACCGAACUCACUAACAACAACAUCUACCUCCCUCACUCAACCCAUCAAUGUCUUCCUACUCCUCUUUCGCAGUGAUCGGUGCCGGUACUGUCGGUGGCCCUAUCCUCGCCGCCCUCGCUGCCCAGCCCUCCGCGAAAGUCAUCCUCCUCUCCCGCAGUGCGUCGAAGUCUGUCCCUGCGAAUGUCCAGGUCGUCCAAGUCCCGUCGUACGACGACGUGCCCGCCGUCACCGCCGCACUCAAGGCGCACAAAGUCGAAGUGAUCGUGUCGGCGCUGACCACGGAGGCCAUCGCUGCGCAGGCGCCUCUCGUGGACGCGGCGAAGCAAGCCGGCGUCAAGCUAUUCGCGCCGUCUGAGUUUGGCACGUCGACGGCAGGAUAUACGGAAGGUCCGUUUGGCGAGAAGAACAAGAUCAUAGAAAAGCUCCAGAGCGUCGGCGUGCCGUACCUCCGCAUCUUUAAUGGACUGUUCAUCGAGUUUGUGACUUGGGCCGUGAACUACAGCGCCGAAACCAAGAAGCUGUACGUGAUCGGCAAAUCGGAGGGCCCCGUGUCGGCCACGUCGAUCGGAGAUGUUGCUGGCUAUCUCGCACAUGUCCUCACCCAUCAGCCUCCGUCCGUCCUAGAGAACCAGAUUCUGCGUAUCGAAGGCGACCGCAUCCCAGGCUAUCGGUCUCUCGGGUCGCUGUUCGGCGCGCAAGUCGAGACGGUCGAGAAGCUGGACGGGGAGAUGGCUGACUUCAAGGCAUUCUUGAUGAGCAUCGCUGACCAGGGUCUGGCCACCACUGGCCACGGCGUCAAAGGUGUGUCUGACGAAGAGGCGUCCAAGAGUGGAAACGCGCUGUGGCCAGGUCACCAGUGGAAGACUGUCAAGGAUGUGUUCGGUCUGUAGUCUACAAAAAAAAAACGACCAGUCAAUGUACAAUCCGAUGAUAUAGGAUAUCAUUUUACCCCACA